UUGUACAACCAAAGAAAUAAAACACUCUUACAACCAAAGAAAUACAAUCAACAUUGGUCACCCAAUGAUGAUUUUUCGUAUUAUUUUCUUACUUCCACUCUUAAUAUCCAUCUCUUCCGCUAACAUUGUUUUCGACUAUUGUGUUGGAGACUUGAGUCUACCUACUGGGCCAACAGGCUAUUCUUGCAAGGAUCCUGCAAAAGUUACGGUAGAUGAUUUUGUUUAUUCUGGUUUGAGGAUUCCAGGUAGUACUAAAAACCUAUUCAAAUUCGGUGCAAGUACUGCACUUGCUUCUCAGUUCCCAGGGUUGAACGGUAUGGGAAUUUCAAUGGUACGAGCAGACAUGGAUGUAGGUGGAGCGGUACCAAUCCACACACAUCGGGUCUCUGAGCUAAUCAUUGUAGUUGAAGGAACGAUUAUUGCUGGAUUUAUUGACACAAACAAUACCGCGUUUUAUAAAACUUUAAAUAAGGGGGAUAUGAUGAUCUUCCCACCCAUUCUACUCCACUUCCAAGUUAAUGUCGGGUCAACACCGGUUGUUGCAUAUGCAACUUUCCCAAGUGAAAAUCCUGGUGUCCAAUUAGUCGACGGUGCAUUAUUCCAAAAUACCCUUCCGUCGGAGGUGGUUGAGAAGGUCACUUUGUUAGAUCAAGCACAAGUCAAGAAACUCAAAAAAAUCUUUGGUGGGAGUAAUUGAUUGGUUUACGCCUUUCAUAUUUGUAAUUUUGUUACUUAAGUCGGGCAAGUAUCUUAAAAACAAUGUAUGCCUUGUAAUGCUUACUAAUUUCAGUUCAACACGUGUCAUUUCAUAUUAUUCAUGUACAUUUUAAAAAUUAGAAAUUAUAUAAUUCGAAUUCAUGAUA